UUUCUGUUUCUCUCUCUUGCCCUUUCUGUCUGAGCAGAGAUUAUCGCUGGCUUCCAGCGUCUUGCCGCCCAUGUUCCCACUCCCAAAUCUCUCCCCCAUACACUCUCCCUGAUUCCCACCAUCUCCAAUUUAAUCCACACACUCAUAUAUUUAUAUGACUGAAUUGAAUUGAAUUAAUUCUUCACCCAUGGCCUUCAUUCCAACAGACACCCAUUUUCCAUCUCAGUCUCACCCUCAAGACUUUCAUGACUUGUGGCUGAGAAGAUCCGCAACGACGACAACGACGUCGUUUUCAGAAAUGGAUCGGGCCGAAGAACUGCUGCAGCCAGACGACGAAAUGUCGGACGACGGGUCACAGAUGAUGCUUGGGGAGAAGAAGAGGAGGCUGAACAUGGAGCAGGUUAGGGCACUGGAGAAGAGCUUCGAGCUGGGCAACAAACUGGAGCCCGAGAGGAAGUUGCAGCUGGCUCGGGCUUUGGGCCUGCAGCCACGUCAGAUUGCUAUUUGGUUCCAGAACAGGAGGGCCCGAUGGAAGACGAAGCAAUUGGAGAGAGAUUACGAUGUUCUCAGGCGACAGUUUGAAGCUCUCAAGGCCGACAACGACGCCCUCAAAUCCCAGAACAAGAAUCUUCAGACACAGUUAAUGGCACUGAAAACAAGGGAGUCGACAGGAUCGGGUCCAAUCAACUUGAACACGGAGAACGAGGGUUAUGGCAGCGACGACAACAGUCGCGACGUCGUCAAUCUGAACAAGACAGCACCAACAGACGACAACGUAUUGUAUCAAUUUCAACCCGACAUCAGGUCAAACGCCUGCGCCGGCGGUCUAACCCAGCUCCUCCACGGCUCCACCGCCGACGGCUUCUGCAACAUGUUUACCGCCAUUGAAGAAGACCAAACCCAGCAUUUUUGGCCGUGGUCCGAACAUCAGAGCUUCCAUUAACGGAUUCUUCGAAAUUCAUGUUUUUCAGAUCGACGAACAAUCACAAUCCUCCGGUCCGGCGGCGACGGCCGGGUGUGAUCCAGACACGGCGAAAUGAAUGCUGAGAGCAGAUAGGGACCAUAUAUGGCUCUUAAUUAUACAACAACAUUCUGCAUUUCUUUUACUUACUUUCGUUUGUACCAAAAAGCUGCCACCAUACAUAUAUAAUUACAACACUUGCUGCUUUUCUUUAA